AUGUAUUGUUGUUUUCUUGUCUUUCGAAUAGAUUUAUUAACAGUAACUGAAGAUCUAAUUGAUUUUUCAAUCAAUGUACUUGAUACAAUACGUAUUCAAUCACAUUUCAAUGAUCGAAAUCGACGUAUUAGUCUCGCUAUGCAACUUAAAGAUGCAUCAAAUGCACAAAAAACUGAUUUUAAAACUGUUAAACGUUCAUCAAAACCAUGUACAGUACCAACGACAUUAAAAUAUGAUCUUGCUCUUUAUCUUGAUCGUAUUUUACAAGCUUGUAAACGAACAAAAGCAAAUUUAAUGUUAUUACGUGUAUCGCGUAUACGUUCAACAAAUACAACUCUUUUACUUGUUGCUUCAACAAAUGUACGUGUUGAACAAUUAAAUAAAAAAGUUCAAUUAUUAACACGUCUCGUUAAAGAGAAUGGUGGUGAAUUGCAAACAAAAAAAAAGAAAAAGAAAAAGAGUUUAUCAAAAACACAACUUGAUGAAAAUACUGAGUCAAAACAAGAAACUAUUGAACAAAAAACGGACAAUAAACAAGAAUCUAAGAAAAAACAACCGAUUAAUUUAAUGUCAAAAGAAGAUCUUAGUGAUUAUGUUGAAAUAGCACUUAGUUUUCGUAUGAUCAUUAGAAAAUAUCAUGAGUUUAUGCAACAUAUUCGUGAUGCUACUAAAUCAAUUUUAUCAUCAAAUGGACAAGCAUCUAUUGCUAUUUCACUUGUACUCAUACCAAUAGCAGCUAAUGCUAUUAAUGAAUUAAAUAAUAUAUUAAAUCGUCUUAUACGUAUAGCUUUUACAAUUGAAAGUGAAUCAAAUUAUUUACGUCAACCACCGACAAUAUCAAUAUCAAUUGAUAGUAAAGAAUUAUAUCGACAAAAUACAAAAGAUUCUAAUAAAGAAGAUAUAACAACAAAUGAAAUAGGAUCUCAUAGUCAAAUGUUAUUAACAGAACGAGGUGGAUUAUCACGUAUUACAAAUUCACGAACAUUUGAAGGUUUAACAUCUCAAAAAGAUGAUGUUCAACAUCAAUAUUCAACUGGAUCAAAUUUAAAACGAAAUACAAUAUCAUUACUUAAACAAAAUGAAAAUCGAUCUAAUAUUCGAAAUCAAUCAGCUAUGUCGUCAACAUCAAAUAUUGUAACGGCACCAUCAAAUUUUUCUUCAUUUAAAUUAACGCCUAAUAUGAUUGCUAAUAUAUUCGAAGAUUUUUUUUAUGAAUACAAAUAA